GACCCAGAUUUCGGUGAAUGCCCACCCUUAAAACACAAAUACCGAGCCAUAUCUUGACGACGGCGUUCACUGAGAAAAAAAUUCCAAGGUCUCCGAUAGUCACCGAUCGCGUGACUCGCGCCAAUCAAUCCCAGCUUUCACUUCACCACCAAGAAAUUGAGGUGAUAUAUAUAUAUAUGCCAAUUGGACAAUGGCUGUUCAGACUUGUGCGAAACCAAAAAUGAUGAAUGCUUUUGAUGAUGAUGAUGACGAUGAUGCACCUUUAAUUUUCAAGAGAAGUAACACAGGAUCAAAGCAAAAUCAAUUGAACUUGGAAAAAAAUAACACGAAAUUGAACUUGGAAAAAAAUAAGUCAUCUUCUCAAAGGCAUGAUGGGCAGUCAGGGAAACAAGUAUCCGAAGUACGUUCUUCGAGCGGGCAUAACCCCGUUUCCCAGAAGGGUAAGCCGGUUGUGUCCUCUGAAGUACGUUCUCACAGUAGUCAGAACUCGAUUUCUCAAAAGGGUAAGCCGGUUAUGUCCUCCAAGGCAUCCCCGGUGAAAUCUCCAAUAGGAAGCCCGCAAGCUUCAACUUCAUCUGCCAAACUGUCUGCUGUAAAAUCUCCUUUGGCUAGCCCAAAAGCCUCAACUUCAUCUUCUAAGGCAUCGCCCGUGAAAUUGCCAGUGCCAAAUUCAAAAAUGUCAACUUCAGCAACGGGUCAAUUAAAACAUUCGUCACAACAGAAUACAACCUCUGCUAUUAUUAAGGAGGAGAAGCAGUCGAUUAAUUCUGCUGGUGAACCACAUUGUGAUUCUGAUGAUUCCGAAGAUGAUAAACCACUGAGCGCUAGGCUUUUUGCUGGAUUACCAAAGGGAAACUUGAAUCACGCCAACAAAGGGCCAAGCACUUCUAGUCCAGGUUCACCACUGCUUCAAAAACCCAGAGUCAAAACUGAAGACUCGGAUGAUGAAAUUCCUUUAUCAUCAAAGUUUCAGGUAAAGUCAAAUGCAGGACCAUCUACUAACAAAUCCCACGAGUUUGAUGACAAUAAACCUAUGGCAUUGAAACUUCAGCAAAAUGGUUAUACCAUGAAAGAUAACCAACUUAAGAAAUCUUCUACAGUGUUGAAUAAGAGACCUUUAGGUGAGGUCAAAUCUUCAAGUCAUUCUUCAUUUAAAAAGCCAAAGAUUGGUGAUGGAUCCUUGCCAAUCACUGGUAAACAAGUAUCUGUGAAAGCAGAAAAGGAAGCCGAUGAUUAUGAUCACGUUCCUAUUUCCGAGAGAUUGAAGAAGCCAAUUUCAUCAGGUAAUAAAUCAUUGGCUACAAAACAAAAAGCAACAAAAGUUGUUUCGUCUUCGUUCAAAAAAUCAAGUAAGAAUAAGAAACAGGUGAAAAAAUCAAUGUACUCUAAGUCAUCCAAGAUGCUCCCCAGCUCCGGCGAAGGGCAGAAAUGGACUACCUUGGUUCACAAUGGUGUCAUUUUCCCACCUCCAUAUAAGCCUCAUGGGGUUAAGAUGCUCUACAAGGGGAAGCCGGUUGAUUUGACUCCUGAACAAGAGGAGGUUGCAACAAUGUAUGCAGUGAUGUUAGAUACUGAUUAUAUGAACAAACCUACAUUCAAAGAGAAUUUUAUGAAUGACUGGAGAAAAAUACUUGGGAAAAACCAUGUAAUUCAGAGGUUGGAAGAUUGCAAUUUCACCCCAAUAUAUGAAUGGCAUCAAAGGGAAAAGGAGAAGAAGAAGCAAAUGAGUUCAGAAGAGAAGAAGGCCUUGAGAGAAGAAAAACUGAAACAAGAGGAAAAGUACAUGUGGGUUAGCCUUGAUGGUGUCAAAGAGAAGGUUGGAAACUUUAGAGUCGAACCGCCUGGGUUGUUUCGAGGCCGUGGGGAGCACCCAAAGAUGGGUAAGCUGAAAAAACGCAUUCGGCCUAGUGACAUUACUAUAAAUAUUGGAAAGGAUGCCCCAAUUCCAGAAUGCCCUAUUGCUGGUGAAAGCUGGAAAGAGAUAAGGCAUGACAAUACGGUUACAUGGCUAGCUUUUUGGAAUGAUCCAAUCAAUCCAAAAGAAUUCAAAUACGUGUUCUUGGCAGCUAGCAGUUCUUUGAAAGGGCAAAGUGAUAAGGAGAAAUAUGAGAAAGCAAGGCUUUUGAAGGACUACAUACAAGGCAUCAGAACAGCUUAUACUAAAGAUUUUACCAAUAAAGAUAUCACAAGGCGGCAAAUAGCUGUUGCUACCUAUCUUAUUGAUAAACUAGCUCUCAGGGCAGGCAAUGAGAAGGAUGACGAUGAAGCUGAUACUGUUGGUUGCUGCACAUUGAAAGUAGAAAAUGUAGAACCAGUACCCCCAAAUAUUUUGAAGUUUGACUUCCUCGGUAAAGAUUCAAUUAGAUACCAAAAUGAGGUUGAAGUUGAACUUCCUGUGUUUAGGGCAAUUCAGCAGUUCCGAACUGGAAAAAAAGGCGGUGAUGAUCUUUUUGACAAGCUGGAUACCAGUAAACUGAAUGCUCAUCUGAAGGAGCUCAUGCCUGGCCUCACAGCUAAAGUUUUCCGUACAUAUAAUGCAUCUAUCACUUUGGAUGAUAUGUUGAAUAGGGAAACUAAGGGUGGAGAUCUUGCCGAGAAAGUUGUUGUUUAUCAGCAUGCAAACAAGGAGGUUGCUAUCAUUUGUAAUCAUCAACGUACAGUCUCAAAGUCCCACUCUGCACAAAUGUCAAGGUUAAAUGAGAAGAUCGAUGAAUUAAAGGGCAUGCUAGAUGAGUUUAAAACAGAUUUGGCUCGGGCAAAGAAAGGGAAGCCCCCGUUGAAGGGUGCCGAUGGGAAGCCAAAGAAAAACCUGAACCCUGAAGCGUUGGAGAGGAAGAUUGCUCAAACCACUGCAAAGAUUGAGAAAAUGGAGCGGGACAAGGAGACCAAAGAAGAUUUGAAAACUGUGGCAUUGGGUACAUCAAAGAUCAACUACCUUGAUCCUAGAAUCACAGUUGCUUGGUGCAAGCGACAUGAAGUUCCAAUUGAGAAGAUUUUCAACAAGUCUCUUCUGGCAAAGUUUACAUGGGCAAUGGACGUUGAACCCAGCUACAGAUUCUGAGAUCUUAGUAGUCAGGUUAACCCGGGAUACUUUUCCUUCUCUACCCUCUCCCGCAGUGUCCCUUGUCUUUCUCCUUGCAAAAUAUUCCAAUUUUAUUCUACUGUUCCAGUGGGAAGUUCAUGUUGUAUCCAGCAUCUUCAUCAGAUUAUGGGGUGAGUUACCCUUCUUUUUUACCUUUUUCUCUUCUUUUUUUUCCCUUGAAAAUCUAACAUCAGUGCUAAGAAGCUGCGACAAGAAUUGUCUGCCCGGACUUUUUAGAUCUUCCAAUUAUGUAUGACUAACAUUUUCAACAUUUUGAAUACAUUAAAAAUCUUUUGAUUUUUUCA